GAAUACUUGGAGCAGGCGCUGAAGCUGAGGGGCGGCAGCAGCGCGGAGGCCGAGAGCUACGACCGCCUGCGGGAAUGCAUCCGCCAGUUCUUCCCCGAGCGCAGGUGCUUCGUUUUCGAACAGCCCGCCAGGAGGAGGGACCUGCCCCACCUGGAGGAGCUCCCGGACCACAAGAUGGACCCUGAGUUCCGGCAGCAGCUGGAGAAAUUCUGCAGCUACAUCUGGGAGAGGUCUCCACCAAAGACCACCCCCAGCGGCUGCAAAGUAACAGGGCACAUGCUGGGCACCCUGGCGGUGAGCUACGUGGAUGCUAUCCAGAGCGGGGCCGUGCCGUGCCUGGAGAGCGCGGUGCUGGCCCUGGCAAAGCUGCACAACUCGGAGGUGGUGCAGGAAGCUGCGGCCUUGUACCGGGAGCUGAUGGAGAAGCGGGCGACGCUGCCCAUGGAGACGGUUCAGGAACUGCAGGAGCUGCACAUGCAGUGCAAGCAGGAGAUACUGCAGCUCUUCACAGAACGGGCGAUCAAAGACGACAUCGAGCGCUUCCACGCGAAGCUUCUGCGGCAGGUGGAGAAAGCCAGGCUGGAGUUCUGCAGCCGUGACGAGCGGGCGUCCCGCGAGAAGUGCAAGGCCGCACUGCAGGAGCUGUCCCAAGAGAUGGAGCAACGGAUCAACAACGGCAGCUACUUGGUGCCAGGGGGUCAUUGGCUGUUCCUGGGAGACCAGCAGGCGCUGGUGGAGCGGUACCGGGCGCUGCCGGGCAAAGGGGUGAAGGCGGACGCUGUCCUGCACGAGUUCCUUCAGAGGACAGAGCCUUUGGCCAGAAGCAUCCGCAGCACAGACCAUGCCCUGACGGAGAAGGACGAGCAAAUCAAAGGUCUGCAAGCCCAGAAUGAGAAGGACAAGCAGGAGUGGCAGGCCGAGAGGGAGAGAGAGGCAGAAAAACUGCGGCAGAUGGAGGAGCGGGUUCGUGGAUACGAGAAGGCCGAGCAGGAAUGGCAGGCCGAGAGGGAGAGGGAGGCAGAAAAACUGCGGCAGAUGGAAGAGCUGGUUCAUGCAUAUGAGAAUGAGAAGCAGGAGUGGCAGGCCGAGAUGGAGGGGGAGGUGGAAAAACUGCAGCAGAUGGAGAACUGGGCUAGCCACUCUGAAGAGGAAGCUCGUCAGCUGAGAAAUAGACGAGGGAAGCAAAAGAAGAAAUGUCAGUUCAAGUGUGCGUGCUUCGGAGGUUGCUCCCAGCGGACCAGGAGCUUCUGCAACACCUUAGCAUCAAGAUUGUCAUAUCCACUGCCAUUUCAAUGUUUGAGAGGCAGAAAUGUGCUUUGAGGUCAACAAUGCUUCAUUCACAACUUUGGUGGUACCCAUGGUCGUGUCUCUGCCACCAAGUGCUUUUGUGCUUUCGUAAUUGGGAAGGAAUGGAUUCUUCUGUGUGGA